AUGAAAGUGACUUUUCUAGCGAUUGUCCUAGUUUCGGUGACCGGAUCGGCGAUGGUUGCCGCGGACCCGGACGAAAACUGCCAGUGGAAGUACGAGUGUUGCGAAUGGCACGCGAACGGUGAGGGCUGCAAAACCCUCUGCCCAACCGCUACGGUCGUGUGCCCAACCGAAGCGACCCCGGCCCGUAAACCCGGACACCAUCGCGUCAUUGUGACUGUGCCGUGCAAGGAGGGUUUUAAGAAAGAUCACGUGAAACUCUGCCGAAAGCUGUUCGACGGGCUGUGA